UCCAUGGCGGCGGCGGGCACCGGGUACCGCCGGGAGCGGGCCCUGGCCCUGCGGAACAGCAGCUCCGCCCUGUACAACAACCUGGCCGUGCUGUGCCCCCCCGCGCGGCCCCCCCGGGCCUUCGGCGCCGUGCACGGCACCACCCUCAGCCUGCUGGGACCCGAGGGGCCCCCCCGGCAGCUGCCGGCGCGGGGGGGGGGCUCGGCCCUCAGCACCCCCCUGCUCACACAGGCCGCCUGGUGCGAGCUGCCAGCCCGGGUACUCCUGGUCCUCACGUCCCAACGCGGUGUCCAGAUGUACGAGGCCGACGGCUCCACCCUGGUGUUCUGGCACGCGCUGGACGUCCCGGAGCACCCGGCAGUGUUCCUCGAAAUCCGCCCUUGCCGUGGCUGUGUGGGCAAACAGGGACGUGUCCCAACGGAGCCGCUGCGGGCGCUCCCGGCCCCGCUCCGGACGAUCCGUCAGCACUUUGGGAGCUGUGUCAGCUCCUCCCGGGGCCUGCGGGGCAGCCCCGGGGCCAGGGGCAGUGCCAGGGCCCGUCCUGAGCCAUCUCUUUCACAGGAGGCAGCUGGGGAUCUGGUGACAGCUGAUGACUCCGGGACCCUCUGCCUGUGGAGCACCGGGGAGGAGUUCACCCUGCUUGGAAAGAUCCCGGGAUCUGGCUGCACCUGCUCCUCGGUGACGCUGUGGAACGGGAUCGUGGCUGCGGGCUACGGGAAUGGGCAGAUCCGGCUGUGGGAGGCAGGGACGGGGCAGCUCCGUGCCCAGGUGAGCGCCCACGCCCGCUGGAUCUACGCCCUGGACCUGGCACCGCUCACCGGAAAGCUGCUGUCGGGCGCAGAGGAUUCCUUUGUCCACGUCUGGAAGCUCAGCAGGGACCCGGACACGGAUGACGUCGAGAUCCAGCACUGCCACGCCGAGUGCGUGACGGACACGCAGGUCUGCGGCGCCCGCUUCUGCGACCCCGCCGGGGACACCUUCGCUGUCACCGGCUACGACCUGAGCGAGAUCCUCUGCUACGGCCCGGCCUGAGCCGGGAACGCCGGGAACGUCGGGAACAUCAGGAACGUUGGGAGUGCUGGGAACGUCGGGCCGAUCCAGCACUGCGGGCGAGGGGUGAGCACAGACCCCCCUCCAGCUCCGAGGGGAUGUGAGGGGGAGCUGGGCCGGAUCCCCCCGUGCCCAAAGCCCUCCCGAGGGCCGGAGCUGCUCU